AUUCGUUCGACGAGGAAAGAUUGCAAGCUGCUGAUUGUGAGCACAGGCGAGAAGUAUCACUGAAUUUCCUAAAUGGAUCGUUGGGUCGGAAAAGUUGCUCUGAUCACGGGGGCCAGUGCCGGCAUCGGUGCUGCAACGGCCGAAGCGCUCGUCCGGGAGGGUCUCAAGGUCGUCGGAAUAGCCAGGCGAGUGGAGAAGAUCGAGAAACUCGGUGAAGAGCUUAGAGACGCUAAAGGAAAACUUUACGCGAUGAAGUGCGACGUCUCGAAGGAGGAGGAAAUCCUCGCGGUCUUCGAAUGGAUCAAAGAAAACCUCGGCGGCGUCGACGUCCUCGUUAACAACGCCGGGCUGAUGCACGCGGCGAGUCUGACCGACGGAGACACCGAAGGCUUUCGCCGUUUACUCGACGUCAACGUCUUGGCAGUUGCUGUGUGCACCAGGGAAGCUGUACGUCAAAUGGAAGCGCGCCAGUUCGACGGUCACAUUUUCAACAUAAACAGCAUCCUGGGUCAUCACAUUUUCGUUCACUCGAAUUUCUACAGUUUGUAUCCAAGCAGUAAAUUCGCAGUAACAGCGAUGACCGAAGUGGCCAGAAAGGAACUAAUCCAAAAGAACACUAAGAUCAAAAUAACGAGUAUUAGUCCAGGAUUAGUCGGGACAGAAUUGUUUGGUCCUAUGAAAGGGAAACCGUCUGCAGAUCUGAUAGUAAAAGUAAUGCCUAAACUGCAUCCGGAAGACGUGGCCAACGGUAUCCUCUAUGCACUGGGCACUCCACCGCAUGUUCAAGUCUGUGAGCUGACAUUACGUCCAGUUGGAGAAGUCAUGUAGGAUUUGUGACCCAAGACGUGAAUUAAUUACAAAAAUUG